GAUUACGAAACUCGUUUGUGUUUUAGCUAAUGAAUUUAUCCAAGGCUUUCCGGAUAAUAAACCUGUAGUAUCUUUUGGGGUUUAUUUCAACCUUGAAAAACCGUUUCAAUUAUUGUUCCAGUGUGUGAUUGAACAUCGUGAUCAGUAUUUAUUGUUUCUUAUGGCAAAUGAGUGUGUUGACGGAUUUUUUUGAAGUUGUUAUUUUAUUUGAUCAUCAUGGUAAUCAAUGUUAAACUAACAAACUUGCUAGCUUAUUCAAGUCUUGUGGUUCGUCGCGUGUCUCACUUUGGUAAACAUCACGGUGAUUUGCCGUAUCAGUUGUUGCUAUCCAAACCCACUCCUCUUUUCCACCACAAGAAACAGAUUCAAACAGUGGUGCCUAGCACCAGCACUAAAAAUGUCACUGUACCUGUUGAAAACACACCAACCGCUGAUUCUUUGGUUAGACUAGACCUGGAAGGUCUUUAUGAAGACAUCAGAGAGGGUUUAAGUGAAACACAGCCAGAACUGAAGCUGAUAGCCCAGUACUAUUUCAAUGGAGAGGGCAAAGCUAUACGACCAGUCAUUACCAUGUGUAUGGCUAGGGCAAUAAAUUUCCAUCUAGAUCAAAACACACCGUCUGUACUUCAAAAACAGAAGAAGAUAGCACAAAUUGCUGAAAUGAUUCAUACAGCCUCUUUAGUUCAUGACGACGUGAUUGACGUAGCUGACAGCAGAAGAAGUAGACCAUCGGUCAAUAUUGUUUGGGGGCAAAGAAAAUCAAUUAUAGCAGGUGAUUUUAUACUCGCUAUGGCUUCUAAAAUGUUGGCACGACUGCAGAAUAAACAAGUCAUCAUAUUAUUAUCUCAGGUUCUCGCCGACUUAGUUCAAGGAGAAUUCAUGCAACUUGGCGCUCGUGAAAAUAAAGAUGAAAGAUUCGCGCAUUAUUCAGAAAAAACCUUCAAGAAAACUGCAAGUUUAAUUGCAUAUAGCUGCCAAGCGGUCUCAGUACUCUCUGGAGCUGAUUCAACCUUACAAGCGGUUGCCUUUCAAUAUGGUCGACAGAUAGGAAUGGCUUUUCAACUCGUAGAUGACCUUCUUGAUUUCAUGGCCACAUCGGCUCAGCUGGGAAAGCCAGUUGCUGCUGAUUUGCGCCUUGGACUGGCCACUGCUCCUGUUCUCUUCGCAGCACAGAAGUUUACCGAGUUGAAUCCGCUGAUCCUGAGGCGGUUUCAAGAACCGGGGGACGCUGAAACCGCCUUUCGAUUAGUACUCCGUUCAGACGGAUUACAGCGAACCAAAGACUUGGCACGCCAAUACUGUAACGAUGCGGUGACUCAAAUUGCUCAGCUAACCCCUUCUCCUUACCAGCAAGCCUUAGUCACGUUAGCGCAUCAAUUAUUACAUAGGAUGAAAUAAAUGUAUACCCCUGAGAGAUUACUCUUUCAGUCUCCAAGGGUUCGGUUUCCCGGUUGUUACGUAGUUGGACAUUUUAAUCAAAGAAUCAACCUAACUUUUGUUCUAAUCUUAUCGCUCCAAACUUAUCGAGCUGCAAACGUAUUCUGCCCAAAGGUGUUGAUCAUGUUGAUCAAAUGCAGAGAAUUUUAUGCUCGUUAGUCACCAAUAAAGCAGUUGUAGAAAGCGAAA